AUGAACAGUUUGGCUCAGCGAGCUAAGGAUCACGAAGUCGAUCCGCCAGCCACUCCCCCAGAGACCGAGAUGAGCAACUCAACCCCAAACACGGAGUUCUCUCCUCCAUACAGCCCCCAACAAAAGGUGCAGCAGAUAAUGAAGGACACCAGGGUGGCAGCGAGGAAGAAAUUGGAGCAGCUCACGCUUGAAGAGAAGCAUCUGGCAGAUGAGGCCAAGGCUAGGUCUGCCAACGUUCUCUUGGCGCCGACCGAGCGUCCGCUUCGCGAGAUCUACCUUCGCCCAUUUGAAAUCGCUGUUCGAGAGGCGAAUCCAUGGGCUCUGAUGUCUUCGUACAACCUUAUAAACGGUGUGCAUGCGGAUAUGAACAACUUCACGCUUCGGGACAUUCUUCGAGGCGAGUGGGGUUACGAUGGAACUGUUGUUUCCGACUGGGGCGGUACCAACUCUACAUCCGAGUCAAUCAUUGCGGGAUGCGAUAUUGAAUUUCCCUACUCUUCCAAGUGGCGUUUCGAUAAAGUCAUUGAAGAGAUGAAGAACGGCAAGAUUGCCAAAGAGGACAUUGACCGUGCCGCCGAGAAUGUUCUCACUUUGGUCGAACGUCUAAAGGGCGACGAUAUGUCUGCAGAGGAAGCGGAGAAAGAAGACAAUCGAGAAUCGACAAGAAAUCUCAUUCGUACCGCAGGAGCAGAGGGGCUUACCCUCCUGAAGAAUGAUGGUGCCAUCCUUCCUCUGAACCCUAAAACAACAAAGGUCGCUGUGAUAGGACCAAAUGCGAAUCGAGCAAUUGCAGGAGGUGGAGGCAGUGCCAGUCUCAACCCAUACUACAGAACCAUUCCUCUGGAGAGCAUUCGGACUGCAUCAGAGCAGGAAGUCACCUUUGCGCAAGGAUGCCAUAUCUACAAGUGGCUCCCGGUCGCGUCGCCGUACUGUACCGAGAAGUCGGGCAAGCCAGGCGUUGGCAUUGAUUGGUACGCCGGUGAUAAGUUUGAGGGAGAACCCAUCGUCAUCCAGAGACGCACCAACACAGAUCUAUUCCUCUGGGACUCUGCCCCGCUCAGCGAAAUUGGUCCUGAAUGGUCAGCCAUCGCUACCACCUAUUUAACAUCGAAGACAACCGGAAAGCAUACUGUCAGCUUCAUGAGUGUUGGGCCUGGAAAGCUGUAUGUCAACGGAAAGCUUGCCUUGGAUCUAUGGGAUUGGACCGAAGAGGGGGAGGCCAUGUUUGACGGCUCAGUGGACUAUCUGGUUGACGUCGACAUGGAGGCUGGGAAGCCGGUUGAGCUCAAGGUCGAGAUGACCAACGAACUCCGGCCCGUCGCCAAGCAGAAGCAAUUCGGCAUCACCCACAAGUACGGAGGUUGCCGGAUCGGUUUCAAGGAAGAAGAUCAGGUCGACUUCCUCCAAGAGGCAGUAGAUACCGCUAAGGCAGCAGACGUGGCUGUUGUCAUCGUCGGGCUCGACGCGGAAUGGGAAUCUGAGGGAUACGACAGACAGACAAUGGACCUUCCGUCUGACGGAAGCCAGGACAGGCUGAUUGAAGCAGUUGUCAAGGCAAACCCCCGCACUGUCGUUAUCAACCAAUCUGGCACACCAGUCGCUAUGCCGUGGGUUGACCAAGUGCCCACCAUCAUCCAAGGUUGGUAUCAGGGACAGGAGGCCGGAAACGCUCUUGCCGAUGUACUCUUUGGAUUCAAGAAUCCCAGUGGGAAGCUCCCGUCUACAUUCCCCAAGCGCAUUCAAGACACCCCUGCUUACAACAAUUGGCCCGGGGAGAACCUGAAGGUCAACUAUGGUGAAGGCCUAUACAUUGGCUACCGCCACUAUGAGCGAGCACGCAUCGAGCCUCUAUUUCCAUUUGGUCAUGGCCUUUCCUAUACCACCUUCGAGUACGGACGCCCCUCGAUCAGCACCAAGACGCUUACGUCCCGGGGAACGAUUGAGGUGGUCUUCGCGGUGAGCAAUAUCGGCUUAGUGUCUGGCUCCGAAGCCGUGCAGAUUUAUGUGCGUGAUGACAAGUCGAGGCUACCCCGUCCGGAAAAGGAGCUUGUGGCUUUCGAGAAGGUGUUCCUGGAAGCCGGGGAGACGAAGCACCUCCACAUUUACCUGGAUAAGUACGCCGUAGGCUACUAUGACACAUCCGUCCCGGGAUGGAUCGCUGAGGAGGGCACCUUCAAAGUCCUAGUUGGCGCGUCAUCUGCUGACAUCAAGUAA